AUGAGCCCGCCCUGCAUCUCCGUAGACCCGCCCCUGGAGGCGGAGCUCUGUGCCCCGGCCCCGCCCCCGCCUCUCACAGAGAGGGCGACACUCCUGCGCAGGCGGACGCCGUCCUGCGACUCCGCCCACCAGCGCGACUCCCUGGAUCAGCAGGACCAGCAGCCCCUCAUCGAGCCCGCUGACGAGCGUCUGCCCGUCCCCCAGUUCUCCUUCGACCAAUCAGACCUCAGCUCCCUCAGCAGCAUGUCCGAGGUCCUGUCGGACAGCGACCAGUCCAUGCACUCCCUCGACGCCAGGCCGGAGGGCGGCGCCAAGGCCCAGCCAAUCAAGGACCUGGAGGGCGGAGUGCGGGCGGGGCUUCCUGUGGCUGCCAGCCCUCUGAGGAAGAGGGGCCUAAUGCGCGUCUCGUGCGAGUCGCACUCCAGCGACUCUGUGGUGUAGCCAGAGCGACGUGAGCCUCACGUGAGCCGCACCACGCAGAGCGGCCAUUUUGUGACCUCCCGCCCCUCGCGCCCCGAGGAGCAGCUCUGACGAAUUGCACCCCCAGCUUCCGGGAUCCAUCUGGGGAUAUGCAAAUUCAGGCUCUGGCUUGGCCCUCGGGGACAUCCGUCCGCGGCUCAAUCACAUUGAUUUGGGCUGAGGGUACGGACGGGCCGGGCGGUGUUUUAACUUUAACUUGGACCUUUCUUUAUUUACAGUCGUCCAGGCUCUGUACUGCGCGGACACAGGGCAGACUGUGCAUUUAGCGCAUGAAAUGUGUACAUAUUCUGUACAUCUUGUAGUGUAAAUAGAGGGCAAUAUUGUACCAGUGAAAGAAAAUGGUUGUAUUCAUAUACACAUAUUUUUCUAGAGAUCUCUAAUCUUUUUGCACAUAUGAAUUUGAAUUUCAAAUUGAACGGUGUUUGGUUGUCCUGUUGUGAAUGUACAGGGUUUUUUUUUGUUGGUUUUUUUUGGUUUUUGAAUGGCAGUUUGACCAAUAGUAGCCUGCUGUGACCUACUGAUACACACUGAAAUUUAUUUUUAUUUUUUUACCUGGUGGAGAGCGAUGGAACCAUAUAUAUAUAUAUAUAAAUAUAUAUAUAUAUAUAUAUACCAUUAUAUUUUCCUCUGAGAACCAAACUAAAAUCCUGUGAUCUGAGUGCAAUAAUUGAAGUUCAGUUUGAAUUUAAUACAAAAAAACGUUUGUGUUAAGAGGACAAUAUGAUUCAUGUACUUAUUGUAAAGUUGUUGAAAUUAUGACAUAUUUAAAAGAACUGAUAUUAUUACAAAAGUUCUUGCAUUUAUAUGAUAAAUAUUAUUCCUUAUGUCCCACUCUUAUGUAGCUACUCUGAAAGCAGUUGUAUGUUAGUGUCUAUAGCUCUUAUUCAUGUGCACAUAAACGCUGAACUGAUCCUUAUUGCAGAUGUCCUUCACGUGACCCCUGUUCCUCAAAUCAUGGCCCUCGACGGCCAAGAUCUGCUGGUUUUCCACCCUCCCGUGACCUGAGUCAGGUGUGAAGCCCUUCUGGCCAAUCAGUAGCGCUAAUUAUUCAGUUAAUUACCUGGGAGGAAUGAAAAUCAGGGCCGAAUUUGGAUUUCAGGGCCAGAUUUGAGGGUCCCUGCCCUACACCAUUCUCAGGGUCCUCUCAUCGUGCAGAGAGAGACAUCCUCCAUAUCUUUAAUUACACUUUCCUUCUCAAAUCUCAGAUGGGCACCGUGUGACUGUCGCGUUGCAUAAACCAAGAGGGCGCAAAGCGAGACUAAAAGAUCAUUGUGUUUUAUGCCGGCUCUGCUGCAUUCAGUACAAUAGCAAUCAUUUUAAGGGUGAAUGAUGAUGAUGAUGAUGUUGGAAGGAAAACUGGUCCCUCUUUUCACCAAAGCUACUUGAUUUUGAGUUUCAGCCUUUAUAUGCUGCCUUUAGAUUGGUGACUUUUUGACUAGGGUCAGAGGUUGCCAUUUUCUGUUUUAAUCAGGUCAUAUUGCACAAUACUGUACUAUUUUCUCUGUGAAGGAAAGUAAGAUUUUGCCAAUGUUGCAUACAAACAUUAAAUAUCCCUCUCCUGCUUCUUAUGCAGUAUCUAUUCAUUACAUGACAUUAGGUCAUCGCUUAAACAGAAGGAUUUAUUGUAUAGAAACAGUGAAUGUGAAAUAUUUAUAAUGAGGCCGUGUAGCUCUGGAUUGUGAAGGAACUUUCAAAUGACUGACUGUACUUUUGACCUACAACAGGCUUUAAGAUAUACGAUGGGCAUAAACAGAGCUUUUUAUGCAGAAACCUUUUUAAUAGCUUGCUUUGUUAAGCUUGUCACUACUUUCUUUUACAACAGAAGAUGAAGAGAUUUCUCUGGAUAUAAUAACCUUGACAAAUGUCCAUAAUAAUAUCAGUAAUUUACCCUAGAUGAAUACACAGAAGAAACGAUGGGAAAAUUAUGAAAAAACAUUAUUAAAAAUGCAUUUUAUCUCCACAUGAAGCAGUUAUUUAUUGAUUAAAGUUAUUAUUGAUUAAAUGUUUGUCUUGGGUGAGCCAGCUGAAACAGGUUGUCUGAACUGGUUUUCUUCAAAAGCUUUAGAACUCUUGGGGCCUGAAGCAUAAAGAUUCGCCUGGAGAUUUGUGAAUAAAUUCUGUAUGCCGACGACCGAGGAUCCAGCCCCAGCCACCUGCUAUUGCUUUCAGGACUCACUGCAUGAUCAAUGUGAUUUGGUGAACUCACUGCAUGCCUUGGGGGGGUCCUCACUCUGGUCUCAGGAACACUUUCAAAUGCACCAAGCAUGCUGUGGACUCCAGUAGAGCUUCAUUCUUUUUGUCUCUGAAAUCCUUUCUUUCUUUUUCUUUUUUUUGCAAUAGUGCUUAAUUAUUUGUCAUGCUUAAAAUAUAGCCAUAUUUACGGAGUAUGGAAGGAUGUGGGUGUUAAAAGGGAAGAAUGCAUUCGUGUUUUACCUAAGAAAUGGUGAGGAGAUAUGGGUUCAUAAAGAGUAAAGCUCCUGUGGUACCCGAUGGUGGUCGUGUGUCGGGUUGUGCAUUUUAUCACCGCAUCGGAUGGAAAGGUCAACAUGCAAGGACAGUUUGAAAUGUCUCAGAUCUGAUCUUUUCUGUUUUCACACCAAAAGUAACCAUGUUGAACAGAAUCAAAGGCAUUUCAAAUGACAUCUUUAUGCGAGUGCUGGUUUCUACAGGACUCCCCUUCACACCGUCAGAUCUACCUUGAUUGACAGACCCAAAUUGUGGCUGGUUUAUAAUCAGCGCUGCUUGCAUGAACAACUUAAGAUAGAACUUCUGCCACUUGAUCCACCUGACACAAGAACCAAACAAUCUUACAUUUUAUGUGUGAUUAUCCACUUUACACAAUGAUUGAUAAUACAUUGUUAUCAGAUUAUAGUUACAGUAUUGGCAUUGUGUGUCUUAGUACAAACAUUACUUAUUAUGCCAGUCAUAAUUAUACAAGUAAUGAUGCAUUUUUAUUAUUCUUUACUACUGUAUGUAAAAUACUUACUAGCUUUAAAACACAUUAAAAUGUGUCAUUUGGAGUUGACGGUCCCUUUCAAAUGUCUGAUAGGACAGAGUUUAGGAUGUUCAGUGAUGCAACAGAAGCUUCUGACAGUUGAUGCUGACUGGUGCAUUUCUUUCACAUUAGACUCCCGUACCUGAUCUCAUUGUGCAAUUCAACAUGUACGUUUUCCUGUAUUUUACCUUCAAAUUAAAUUAUUGACUCAUUCUGAACAAA